AUGAAGAUACUGUCUCAAAUCAAAGCCAAGUUGUUGAAGUUUGUGCUAAAGCAACCGGUAGGUUCAGUGGCCUUUCAAAACCCUAAUAUGAGUCCUGCAGGAAAUUUCUCUCCAAGGUUAGGUCGGUCACCACCACGUAGAGUCUCGAUUGUUCCAAUGGAGAUUCGAAGAAAUCGUGGAAGCGAAAGCAUCAGUGAACGAGAGCCUUCCUCCCCCAAGGUGUCUUGUAUUGGUGAAGUGAAGGGCAUGAAGAAGAGAAAGGUUUGUGUACAGAAAAGGGUUCCAACACAAGAGGGCGAUGCUGCUGCAUGUCAUGAAAAGAAGAAACCUCUGCAAUGGAUUUUCAAGGGAAGUAGUGGUGAGAGACAAAAACAUAGUACGACGGCUUCUGUGUUGGAAGAGAAAGCACCAGCAACCGCAGAGGAAUAUCCAUCGUUGGGUACAAUGAAAAAUUUUGCCAGUGGCAGUGGAUCAUUGCCCCGUUUUGAGGUUACAUUUAUAGAAAGGUAG